UGGCAAGGGGACGCACGCACUCGGGAGGCCUUAGUGGCGACGACGGGAAGAGCAACGGGAUCCGGGGCGGCGCGCAAAAGCAGCAGUGAGCAAGCGGGCGGGUGUGCGUGCGUGCGAGCCGCCAACCAAACGCCCAACCCACCCUGCCCUAGCGGCACGCUCCAUCUCACGAUGCCGCACGCUCCACCUCACCAUGGCCCUGCCCUCGAUUCGAGCCGUACCUAGUCCGUCCCUUAGUGCCAUCGCUCCGAUCGAGGGGGUCCACGGCUCUUGCGCCACUCUUGCGUGCCCCAACGCCCACCCCCACUCUAUAUUCCCACGAUACGCCGCUCCGUCUACCCUCCUGGGUCGUGCUGUGGCGAUUGCUACCCUAGUCCUCCUGCGUACCCCGUCGGUGAUCACACUCACGAUCCCCACAAUCCCCGUCCCGCGAGCCCUCGCUCGGGAAAAGACGGGAUGCGCGCGUGGAUGCUCCUUUGGGACGCUGAUCUCGACAACCUUGACUCGACGUCUGUGGAUUCUGAAGUUGCAUUUUCUUUAUACAGUCAAACCUCGUUACAACAGUUCGGCGGGUCAGCAGCUUCCGACUGAUAAAAUUAACAUAACUGUUUACGACGUUUCUUUUGUUAUGACGGCAAACCGUAGCCGAAUAUAUCGAUAAACGCCCUUUUGAGAGUACGAAUCCACUGACCAGCUCAAAACGUUAUAAC